UCACGGAUGGGCAGGGUAUAAAAAGAGGCCGUCGUGAAAAGUUCGCUCUUUUGCGAGACUAGCCGCCGGUAUAAAAUGGCGCCGAAAAAAGAUAAAAAGCUGAAAAAAUCACCUUGCAAAUAUAACCUGGAUCUAACUCAUCCAGUAGAAGAUGGGAUAUUUGAUUCAGGAAGUUUUGAACAAUUCCUGAAAGAAAAGGUUAAAGUGAAUGGAAAAACCGGAAACCUGGGAAAUGUAGUUCACAUUGAACGCUUUAAGAACAAGAUCACUGUGACAUCUGAGAGGCAGUUCUCGAAAAGGUACCUGAAGUAUCUCACUAAGAAGUAUCUGAAGAAGAAUAACCUGCGCGACUGGCUGCGUGUCGUCGCAUCUGACAAGGAGACCUACGAACUGCGAUAUUUCCAGAUCAGCCAUGAUGAUGAAGAGUCUGAAGCUGAGGAAUGAACAUGAGCUUUUAUGUGGGGGGAGGGGAUGUUUAGUUCCUUGACAAGCAGAGUGUACAAAUGAAAACACAUUAAUUUAUUACCAAACAACUCUUAUGCCAAAUUGAACCUGAAAUCUGAGAUUCCUCGCUCUUCAAAAGUUGCAUUAAAAGGCUGUCCUGGUGAACUGA